AACUUGUGCCGGGGACGCCCGAUGCCGGGAGCCGCGUGUUGCAGGAACCCCGCUGGGCUCUCGCCGGCCCUGGUUGGGGAGGAGGGGAGGAGGAGGAGGAGGAAGAAUGCUUCUUACUGGGGGGUUUUGGCGCCACUUUUGUUUUAGAUAGUGCUCCUCUGCCCCCUCCUCCUCGGCACGCACUGAACUGAGCUGAACCCUGCCCAGAAGUUGUCCACUACAAAGGAAGAAAGAAAAGUAAGCUUGUACUUCAGACUGGUUUUUGAAUAUCUUUCUAAUACAGUGGUGUUCCAGAAGAUGAUAAAGAAAUGAUAGCAGCUCCAGAAAUACCAACUGAUUUUACUCUCCUUCAGGAGUCUGAAACACACUUCUCUUCUGAUACCGACUUUGAGGAUAUUGAAGGAAAAAGCCAAAAACAAGGCAAAGGAAAAACCUGUAAAAAAGGAAAAAAAGGACCAGCAGAGAAGGGGAAAAGUGGAAACGGAGGAGGGAAGCCUGGUGGUCCAAAUCGGAUGAAUGGACAUCACCAACAGAAUGGUGUGGAAAACAUGAUGCUGUUUGAGGUAGUUAAAAUGGGCAAGAGUGCUAUGCAGUCUGUAGUGGAUGACUGGAUAGAGUCAUACAAACAUGACAGAGAUAUAGCACUUCUUGAUCUCAUUAACUUCUUUAUUCAGUGUUCAGGCUGCAAAGGAGUUGUUACAGCAGAGAUGUUCCGACAUAUGCAGAAUUCUGAAAUAAUCCGAAAAAUGACUGAAGAAUUUGAUGAGGAUAGUGGAGAUUAUCCAUUAACUAUGGCUGGUCCCCAGUGGAAGAAGUUCAAAUCCAGUUUUUGUGAGUUCAUUGGAGUACUCGUCCGACAAUGUCAAUAUAGCAUCAUAUAUGAUGAAUAUAUGAUGGAUACUGUCAUUUCACUGCUUACGGGGCUGUCAGACUCACAAGUCAGAGCAUUUCGGCACACUAGCACACUGGCAGCCAUGAAGCUGAUGACUGCUUUAGUGAAUGUGGCAUUAAAUCUUAGUAUUAACAUGGACAAUACACAACGGCAGUAUGAAGCAGAACGAAAUAAAAUAAUUGGGAAACGAGCUAAUGAUAGGCUGGAACUCUUACUACAGAAAAGAAAGGAGCUUCAGGAAAAUCAGGAUGAAAUAGAAAACAUGAUGAAUGCAAUAUUCAAAGGUGUUUUUGUGCAUAGAUACCGAGAUGCAAUUGCUGAAAUAAGAGCUAUCUGUAUUGAAGAGAUUGGAAUAUGGAUGAAGAUGUACAGUGACGCCUUUCUUAAUGACAGCUACUUAAAAUAUGUAGGGUGGACUAUGCAUGACAAGGUAAGCUGCAUUGAGGAAAAGGAACAGAAUCAUGAAGCAUAACUCCACACUUUUGGU